AAACCCACUUUGCUCUCAUUUCGACUGACGCUAAAGUUUGGCAAAUACACUUAAGGCUCUCGAAGACGUCGAUGCAGAAUCGACACUUAGCUUAAUAAAACAUUUAUGGUUUGAUAGGUGUGACAUAAUCAGUUAACAAUGAAGUUGAUGAUCCCAAUAAUACUUGGUCUGACCAGCGUCCUUGGAUACCACGACCCUGAUCUCAACUACCACAUAAGUCAACUUCAAAACGGCCUCGAUUGCAAUAAUGGAUACAGUUACUCCGCUCCGGCAGUCCAGCUAACUACUGCUGGGGUGAAGGUAGCUGCGCCGGCUGCAGUCGCAUAUCAGACUCCUGUGUCCGCACCAUCUUACCAAUACUCCAGCGGUAGUUAUUCAAGGGGCUACCAAGCACAAACAGCUAAACUUCUCUACGCUGCCCCUGCUUCCAACUAUCAAACAUUGCAAGAGUCACUCAUCUCUCAGGCUCCACAAACAUACGCAACAUCAAAUGAAGUCCAUGGAUAUGCUACCUCCGCCGGCCUCUCAGCUGUAGCAUCAUCUGGACGGACAGUCACGCCGCUCGCGACAUAUGCUCAAGCUCCUAUUAUAGCCAAAGUGACUGCGGCUCCCUUAAUCGCAAAGUUUGCUGUGGCUCCUGCCAAAACAACCUAUGUUACACAAAAUGUGUUAUCUCAACAAACCUCUUAUGCCACCGGAUCUUUGGCGAAGGCUUCACUGAACUCGUACAAUAGCGCGCAAUCUGGAGGACCCGUUGUGUCUCAAGUGUAUGCGGCUCCGUCGUCUGGUUACGCAGUGUCUCCCGCGUUGAGAGUUCAACAGCAACCUCAAGUGAUACAAUACGCUCAAGUCCCUGCUGCAACACAAUACGCUCAAGUUCCCGUUACUCAGUACGCUCAAGGAGGUGCCGCACUGGCCCAAUACGCAACCUCUUCGGUGUCUCUUGGAGGACAAUCAGCUACACAAUAUGUGACACAACAUUCUGCUCCAGUCGCUGCUCAAUACGCUGCACCAGCAGUCACUCAGUAUGCUGCUCCUAUAGUGACCACACCAACUGUGGCACAAUAUUCGACUCAAAAAGUGGCAUCCGUUGCUCAAUACGCUACGCCAGUUGCAGCUCCCGUAGUUGCUCAGUAUUCCGCACCAGCUGUUGCUCAGUAUCAAGUACCAACAGUGGCCCAGUACUCAAUCAAGAAAGUAGCCCCAGUGGCCCAGUAUGCGACCCCAGCAGUUCCACAGGCCGCUGGAGUGGUCGCUGCUCCGACGGCGGCUGUGAAAAAUGUGCACACUGAAUUUUUGGAAAACUAUGACCACCACCCUCGAUACGCGUACGAAUACGGGGUCAACGACCCUCACACCGGUGACAUUAAGCAACAGAAGGAGGAGAGAGAUGGCGAAGUAGUCAAAGGUCAGUAUUCUCUGGUGGAACCGGACGGGUCCGUGCGCACUGUGAACUACGUCGCGGACUGGGAGACCGGUUUCCAUGCGGACGUGCGCAACAGCAAACACAAUCAGCACUAGAGUUACUCACAACGAAACUACGGCUAUUAGAAGCUAUACUUAUGUGACGUUCCACUGGUAAAGGGACCUUAUGGUUGAUUUUUAUUUAACCAUAUGUCUGCAAAUCAAACACUAUUUGUAUAUCAAAAUAAAAAUAAAACUUAAAAAAACCGUCCAUAACCGUCCAUGGCGACAAUAUGUGUCGGUAAGUCCAACAUACUGUUGGACUUACCGACACAUAUUGUCGCCAACAAACUGUUUUAAAAAGCUAAUAGAGUAGCCAUCGAAAGCGAAGAUGAUGUAAAAGGAUAUACCACCAGACCAGGUCGCACACCACACGUACAUCAAUGCACCUGUAUUGUAUGCUCUAAAAUUUCGAGAGUUUGCAGAUUUUUUUUUAAUUUAUUAAGUUUUUUAUUUUAUUUUGUUUUAACUAUAAGCAGGCAAACAGGCAAGAGGCCCUGAGGCCCACAUAAUGGAAUGUGGUCACCGCCAUUUCGAUGAAUCCUGAAUUGUAGUGUUGUGUGUAUGAGCUUUAUGUACUUAAUUGAACUAUUGCCAAGUAAAAUAUUAAUAGGUAUACUUUGACCUGAACAUGAUACUGGUGAAUUACUAUCCUAUCAUCUCUUAAUGCGAUGGAUGUAAACUGAUCUGCGUCGUAAGUUUGUGCCAUCAAGUAAAUUUUUAGUAUGUAUUAAUGACAUUCGUUUCAGGUUUCUAAAUUGAACUGCGUUACAUUUGAAUCGUUCCGUAAAAGUUGAUGGUAGGCCUGCUGGUAUAAAGUUGUACCUACCUACCUAUUCAUGUAAAUAUGGACUUUAUUACUAAAACUACUCUCUUCACCUUUUAUUAGGAUAAGCUCUACAAUGAAUAGGUACUUUAUGUACAUUUUGCAUAUUUUUUAUUAUAUUUUUAGGUAUAACAUAAAAUAUGGUGUCAACGGCAAGUAGUUUGGUCUCAAAAUUACCUCAAUUGAGUUUGAACUUUAAAUGCCUUAUAAGGAACCGCCUUCAAAGGCGAUAUCUAAAUGAUAUAGGUACCUACUUACCUACUAAGUAACCAAAAAUAUAUGAAGUAGUAUUAUUUACCUACGUAAAUGUGUCUACUGAUGGAAAAACUAAUAUUAUAUAAAAUAUAUUUGUACAUAAAAUCUCAAAAUUGUAAUUAAUUAUAACCCUUUUAAGGUUUACGGAUAUUGGCUAAAUAUGGCCUUUCCGUCUAUAUAUCUGUGUAGGUCGACCGUUUAAAAAACAGAUAGGUACAAAUCGUAGGUAGGUAGUUAGGAUACAUUAAUUUUAAGAUUUGUCCUACAUACUUAGAUACUUAAAUACAUAUGUUAUAGUGGUAUAAUAUGUAUUAUAAUAAUGCCAGCUAUAAACUGGCUGUUUUGAAGUAGUACGUAUAUUAUGUUCAUUAUGAUUGAAGUGUCCAGUCCUUCUGGACUAAAUAAAAUAAUAAUAGUGAUGGGUGACCACAACACUUUUAUUGUUUAAUACAAUUAGGUAUGUAUUCAUACACAUAAGAUAUAAUUUAAUUUUAUGAAAAACUGUUUUAUUGUAUCUACAAUUACACAAAAACACAGUUUGUAUGUAAUAUGUUUGGAACGCGAUAACUUUCGAACCGCUGGUCUGAUUUUGAUGAAAUUUUAAAAGUAUGUAAAAUCUGUCAAUAGAAUUUUUAAGUUCGCGGGGCAUCAAAAUCGGUUCAGUCGUUUUUGAAAUAUUCACAAAAAUUUAUUGUGUUCGCGAAGUUCGCGGCGAACAACUAGUUAUAGGUAGGUACUUAUGUAUUGAUAUGGCACCGUGCCAUAUAAGUAAGAUCAAGAGAGUGUGUUUAACUGUUGAAUGCUUGAAGGAAGGAAGGAAGACUGGACCCGAAGGAAACACUUUAACAAUUUAAUUUUAUUCUUUCUAUCAAAAAUCAUCUAACGUACCCAGCACAAGGACUGUCAUUUGACUAGAAGGGCGUGUCCGUCGCUCGGUGUUGCUAUAUGCCAAUUAGUGUUUAUAUACACAAAUAGUACUUUUACCAUACAUUACAAUGUUCUUUUUACUUACUAAUCAAUUCUGGUUUUUCCUUGACGUUAAAGCUCACAUACAAACUACACAACGUAUACAUUGAUUAGUAACGACUGAUCAUUGUGUUAUUAAUUUUAAAACAACAAGCGAAUGUAUCUUUUAUUUUAUAAUAAGAUUCCUUCUUUCAUAUUUAUAUAUACUACUGUAUCAAACUGUGACUGCCUGUAUCAUGAAGGUUCUGACAGACUCGUUUUUUUUUCAUUAUAUACUUAAGAAGGGUGGUGUAAUUAUUGUUUAUCAUUACUAUGAGAGCUCGAAUACUUUCAAUUUCUUAACAAUAAUGACAUUUAGAUAAUAUACCCUUUACCCUAC